AUGGCGGGGGCGCUACAGUAUCUGGAAUCGCAGAGGAACGCCCAGCCAGAGCUGGCUGAUUGGUACAACACGCUCGAAGAGCUAUAUCAGAAGAAGCUAUGGCACCAGCUCACCUUGAAACUGGAUCAGUUCGUUGCUCUCGCGGUUGUCCAGGUAAAACCUAUCGCCCCUUCCGUCUACGCUUUUUGUUCGGCUUCUAGGGUUUCGGUGUUACCUGUCACUAUCCUAGAUCUAGGCUGGCUGAUAUUUAGGCAAGUCAAUUGUCAUUAGCAAUUUCUAUUUUUAUUCCUAAAUGUUCCUUUCGUUUGGUCUCCAUCAAUAUUGGUUUCUGGGUUUCAAUCUAUCUGGACUUCCAUAGAUGUUGGUGGCCCUAAUCUGAGCAUCAAGGCUGGAUGCCCGAAUGUGGGGAAGAGAGGCACCAGGUUGACACGCCACUUAAUAAUAACUCUAGGAUUUUUACAAGCUCCUGCGUGCAUUGGAACGACCAGGAACUUAUUGACUGAUUCUUUGUGUGAUCUUUUAUAAUUUUUCCCCAAAUUUAAUCAUGCCGGCAUUCUUUUAUCGGUGAAAAAGAAAUGUUAUGGAACUGAGUGAUGGAAUAGUCGUUUGUGCGAAGUUUUGGGUUCCUUUUUUUGUUUUUCGUCAAAUUCAGGAGGGUGGGCGAUGAUUAUGGAGGUGGCCGUUGGAUAUAGUCGUAGGUAACACGUCGGGACAAAGUUUUCAGUUGAUUGGAGUUGGAUAUAUGCCAAUUGAUAGGAUUUAGGUGAGAGUUUUAAAUAAGAAGAGGGAUAUGUAGCUAAAUCUCUGCCAGUUGGUGAAAAUUACACAUCGUCUGGAAAAAUACGUGUUCUUUUCUGUAGGGGUUAUUGUGUUGGUUUUUGCUGACAGAUAUUGACUUUGCUAGAUACGUAGAGUUCACACGAUUUUCAAUAGUAGAUAUUUUUUGGGAAACAACGACAAACUGAAUGUAAACAAAGUGAUUUAUUUAUAAAAAUUAGUUAAAAUUUCUAGUUUUAUUUUCGUUAUAGUUAAUUACUUUCCAUCUGGGGCAAAAGUUGUUGGGUGUCUUUACUAGGAAUUUCAAAUGGACAUUCAUUUCAUUAAUGCUGUGCAGAAACUCUGGGAAUUAAAGUGAAUAGUGCCUGAUCCACAUUAGAUGUUAAAGUGUAAGGAGAUUAUACAAGUAUCACUGACAAGAUGUAAGAAAACCCGACAUCUUUUCCGUAUCACAUCAUGCUGUAACUAUACUUAGACCCAAAUACACUCAAAUUUGAGGGGUAAAAUCCAUCCUCAUAAUGAUCAUUCGAAAUCUGCUCUCUCACUUAAAGGUAUAUUCCCUUCAUCGGGUGACAUUGACACCUAGAAAUCAGACAUUUUCUUUCAUUCCGAAUAUAACCAAAUAUUAGCAUGCAUGAGGAACCACUAAACGUUUUUGAUAUUGCUUAAGUAUCCAAUUGGAAUUCCAUCCGCUCCACGGUUAGGUUAUCCUUAAGAUCAAUUGACUUUCUAGGUUAUGAAGAACUACAUAUCAAAUCUUCAAGGUAAUCCUAGAAACAGGUGAUCAAAUAUUUCCUCCGCAUCAGGUGGAGGUGAAAGCAGAGUGGGUCAGCCAUUUCUUCAUAUGUGAAAUCCUCCACAUCAAAAACAUUCACAUACCCAGGAGCGGUCAAGCGCCAUUCGUGAAAACCCAAAUGGUGUCUUCUGUCUCCAUUUUAUUCGUCGUGGUAGGGGAGUUUUCUCUACCACCUCAUUUCAAUUUCCGUGCAACUAUGUCUUUUUUACGAUUAUCUUUCUGAGUAGGCCAAAUAGAGUGCCGAGAUACGCGUUCUCUCUUCUCGAAAAUUCUUACUAAGUAUUGGGCAAUCGGUAGAAUCAAUUAUCCUAUUUGCCUCAUCUCUUUCUGGAUGAAUGUCUUGCCUCACUAUCUUCAGACUAUACUAGUGUGCGCAUUUGGAUGUGUCGAUCUCUCAUUCUCCUGUGGUAGUUUGAUCUCGUUGCUCCCAACCAAUGACCACUAUCAUCAGUACUGGACGUCCAUGCCUAAUAACUAAAUAAGUCUAGAGUGAAGUCCUUGGUAUCUUAAUGGUGCAAUGCCCAUUUUUCGACCCCAAUCCCCGCCACACUGUUCUAUUUAUCUAUCUCCACUAUCAUUCAAAAAAUAAUCUGGGGCUUAUCUUUUCCUGCCUCUUACCUGCUCCUGAUCAAAUACAGAUUGUUGAUGGACAGGCUAGUAGUACAGCUUCGUACAAAAAGUUCUUCCCAUAGGAGAGAAUAUUUUCUGUCAAUCAUGUUGUUAUGCUUUCAACUUCGUGCACAAGCUUCUCUAAACCUGUGGAAAGUAUGGCACCAAAUGUAGUGUCAUCCCCAAGAAAGAUGCCGGAAAACAUCUUGCAGUACAUUCUAGGGUCACUGGUACGCUCCAAUGCUUCCCAUCUAUAUGUUCAUGCCCAUAGACUAUGCUUCUCGUAACUAACAUCUUGUUCAUUUAAUUCUUCAAAGAAUGUCACUCAUCAACCUAAAUAUGUAUAACUCUCCAAUGUCAAGAAAAUAAUGUUAUAAUCAGGAUAUUGAAGCUGAGUUAUAUGCCAAAAAACUUUCAAAUCUCCUUGUCCACGAUUUAUGUUAAGCUGCGCACUAUCAUUCUGCUCCACAAAUCUUGGGUAUGAAAAUGUUGUCUAAACUUUCUUUGGUCUGAAACUUUGAAUACACUAUUGAUACAUUUGCAAGAAAGACAUCCAAAUGUGAGUAUUCCAGAAAAGGUUCCAUCCAUCAUGUUUAACAUCCAGAAAAGGUUCCAUGUUUAACAUCCAGAAGAUAAAUUUCCAUCCUUUUUUUUGUUCAUACUAAGGAAAUCCUAGAUCCAUGAGAAAAGCCCCUUAUAUUUUACUGUUUGUUGAUGCAUGUCUUCUUGCAUCAUACGUUAAUUUAGGUAAUUCUGUCGGCAUGCUUUGUCUGUCUUAUUGUUAUGAAAUAAUCUUAGCUUGGAAUUCAUAAAAUUCUGAUCGUUUAUCCAGUUAUUGAACUUCGUAUGUCUUUUCUUAACGUUUUCCAGGCUGGUGAUGCACUGAUACAGCUAUAUCAUAACUUCAUCACUGACUUCGAGACAAAGAUAAAUCUUCUUAAGCUUGCCCACUUUGCUGUGAUCGUUUCUCGCCAAUAUUCAGAGAAAGAGGCCGCAAUCAGCUAUCUUGAAGGAGUGAUAGAGAAACUUCAUGCCACUAAGGAGUCACGGAUAAAUGAACCAAUUCUUUAUGUGAAGAUGCAAAUAGCUGCAUUCAAUCUUGAGAAGGGGGACCAAAAAGAGUGUAAAAAGCUCCUAGAUGAUGGGAAGUCUACGUUGGAUAGCAUGACUGAUAUUGAUCCUUCUGUUCACGCCAGUUAUUAUUGGGUAUCUUCUCAAUAUCACAAAGCCCGACAAGAGUUUGGAGAGUUCUACAAAAAUGCUCUUCUCUACUUGGCAUACACAACCGUGGAAUCUCUUUCGGAGACGUUUAAGCUGGUAUACAAUUUUAUCACACAUCGUAAUGAAAACCAGCAUUAUUAAUUUUCAUCAAAUGAUUUGAAGGUUUAUUCUAGACUGCAAUUUGUAAUGUCUUUUGAUCACACAUUGUCGUCGUUCUGUUUGCGAGCGUCCUCAGUUUCUGCUAUUCUUUCCCUUUGUCCGCCAUCUUUAUUAUCAUUACCUUUGUAAUCUUGUGACGUUUCAAACCAUGAAAAUUUAGCGUAGAGUAUUACGUGUCAACUUAGGAGUAGUUACUCUUGAAUGGAACCUACUCAGUGGUUUAUGGCUAAAUGUAUGAGGUUGUGAUGUUAGUUCCUUGAUAUGACGUAAUAAACAAUAUUGUUUUGGAAAAAAACAAUGAUGUGACUAGGAGUCGUUGGGUACCUAGGCUAUUUACUACUCUACGCAUAUAAAUUACUUUCUUUUCUUUGGUUAAGUUUGGAUCAAUAGAGUUAAAUCUCUAUGGUCAAUAUUAACGGUUUAUUUAUAGUUUGGUUUCAAAAUUUAUGAUUAUCUGUAAAUUAUGUCGCCACUAUUUUUCCUGAAAGUGAUACCCCAGCACUAUUUAUAGAUGCAUGGACUGUUCAGAGAAAAUGUUUGUCACUUUUUUAAAACAGACGAUGUCUGCGACUCAAUGAUUUUUCCUAAAUGUUGUCUAUUUUCUUCUCUGUGUGACCGGCAUCUCAUUUACUGGUGUUUUAUGCACUUGCAGAAUAAACCGUCUUUUGCAUUUAUUUGGUUCUCAUGUGUACAAGUGGGCUUAUGGUCCUGGGAUGUUCUCUGUGUUUCAGUAGUGACCAAUUCUGUAUAAUUCUAGGAUUCAAGUAUUUAUGUAGACUUGUUGCAAAGAUAAGAUCAUAUAUAAUCUGAUUUUUAUUAACUUUAUUCGUCUCAUUUAUAUGAGAAAAAAGUGGCAUUAUUUCCUGACAACAGUUCUAAUGUUUUAUCGACUGAACCAUCAAUUGAUAUUCAUAAUUAUAUCUUGGAGGCAACUGAUUCCAUCUAAUGAUCAAGAGGUCAAUGUGGCUUCUGCUAUUAUUUAUUUGAGCUAUAUUGAUUUUGUAUCAUAAUUUUUUUUUCGGAUAGAAUCGGGGAAUUUUAAUCAAAGCUGCUUCUUGAAUCAUGCUGAGACAGUUGCACCUGAUGAAGUUUGUUUAAAUGUAAAUAUCGUUCAGAGUCAGAUUUGCCGUUUGCUUUCAUCUAUUAAAAUGUAUAAUUAUUUUCUCACGACGGACAUUGUGAUGUUGUUGGAACUUUUAGAUGAGCUACGAUUGUACUGUUCCUUUUCAUUGAAAGGAACAGCCCACAUGUUAUGUUGUGCUAAUUUGAUCUUCUCAUUGUUUUGUUCCAGGAUUUGGCAUUUGACCUCUCUCUGUCAGCUCUCUUAGGUGAUAACAUAUAUAACUUUGGUGAACUUUUAGCGCAUCCAAUUGUAAGUCGAUGGGUAUUUUUGUGUGUUCUUAUUUACUUUUAGCAAUUGGUGUGAUGUAUAACAUAGAGUUGGAUAAUGGUACCAUUUUUUUCUUUUUUAUUGUAUUUCUACUAGCUUGGCCUUUAACGGUUGCAUCAUUUCAUCUAUGAAAUUACGUGGAAUAGGUUUUGUGAUGUGUUCUAGCUUCUCUCGGAUAAUUAUUAUUAUUAUACAAUCUAUUGUUUGAUGUUGCACAAUGGAGAGAUAUGUUUUACAGCUUGUUUCAAUCAAACCAGAGGCUAAUCUGCCGAUGUUGAUAUUUGAUUUGACUUCCUCCAAGGGUUUCCCUGUUUGAACGUCGUCUGACAUUAAUAACAGAGGAUGAAACAAUUUACUUCCAGUUGAAUAGUGUUACCCAAUGGUAGACAUGAUGCCAACUUUCGUUGCCCAAAUUUGUUCCUCUUCUGUGUUGCUCAUUGUUGAAGAAGUUUUGAUUAAUAUAUCGAAUAAAGAACGGAGUUUUCCGUUGCUCCUGACUUCUGCGUAUAGAUAACUACAAAAGUUGCACAGUAGAUGAAAACGUGAAUCUAUCGCGGAGCUUUUCUGAUCUCAUUUGUUCCUGUUUCACUCAAGUUUGUUUAAUGAGUUCAAUAAGUUGCGGAUAUGACCCCUAAAACAUGUUCUGGAAUGGUUUCUUUUUUGUCGGGGUCUAAUUACUGAGAUUUUGAUUUUUCAAGAAAAUCAAAUACACUGGUGUUUGGAUUUCUGGGGGGAAUUCAAAUCACAAAGAAAAAGAAGGAUUUUUUUUUACUUUAAUCCCUAUUUUCUAGUUAAACCGUCUUUUUUUCCAAAAAAAAUAAAAUUAGAUAUUUUAAAAAAUGGGUCUUUGAUUUUUAUUUUACGUUAAAUUAAAUUUCCAUUUGAAUCAGGGAACUGAAUCAUUUAUUUGAGUUGGUGAUUGUUCUGGCUCGAUAUUUUGCAGAUAAACAGUCUCCUUGGUACAAACGUCGAGUGGCUCUACCAUAUACUUCAGGCUUUUAACACCGGUAACUUAGUGCGCUAUCAAGAACUCUGCCGUGUCCACAACGCUGCUCUGAGCGCCCAACCUGCAUUGGUGCAAAACGAGAAGAAGCUACUGGAGAAGAUUAAUAUUCUUUGCUUGAUGGAAAUCAUCUUCAGGUAGAAUUUCAUGUGGGGAGGAAUCCGACGGUGCAUAUUUUUUCCGUAUAUUUCUGUUUUUUUUUAAUUAUUUUUUUUGGUGUCAUUUAUUAUUAUCUUCCGAUUGCAGCCGGCCAUCUGAAGACCGAACCAUACCACUCAGCACCAUUGCUGAACGUACCGGGCUUUCAAUUGAAGACGUGGAAUACCUUCUUAUGAAAAGCCUUUCCGUAAGUUUAUGCAAUAAAUAUUCAUUUGAUCGACUACUCUACACAUUUAUGCAAUAAGUUUUCAAUUCACAUCCAAAAUCUCCUGAAAUAUUUAGAUUAAAAGGUGGGGUGAUUAUGGCUGUCUCUGAUUGGUGAAACCAGUUGUAGCAAUCCUAUAUUGCUUUCUUCAUGACUAGAAAAUCAAUCCCGCGCAGGUUCAUCUGAUCGAGGGCAUAAUCAACCAAGUAGAGGGAACAGUCCAUGUUUCGUGGGUGCAGCCGAGGAUACUGGGCAUUCCACAGAUCAAGGCCCUGCGCGAUCGGCUCGACGACUGGCUGAACAAGGUCCACACGGCUCUGCUGUCGGUUGAAGCCGAGACGCCCGAUCUUGCAGAGUCAUAG